UAUUAUUUGAACUUCCACAAUCGCUGACACCUUCUCGCUGCUGCUGUUUGGCGAAUCAGAACCGCCACUCAACCUGCUGCCCGUGCUCACUGCCAGAGGCAGUACCCACGCUUCAGAAACAGGCUUCGUGUGGCGCGUGUGUGUCGGCUUGCUGUGGUGUCGCACUGCCCGAGGGCUUCCUUCUUUGCUGCUUUGAGCCCCCCUGGCCUUCAGCAGAAAGCGCCAUUUGUUGCAGACGGCCGCCACCAUGUCGAGCGGAUACAUCCAACAGUUUGAGCUCCUCUGCCGCGAGCUCUACGACGGGCAAGACCGUGACCAGCGGCAGGAAGCGCAGCAGUUCAUCCUCACCCUUGACUCCCAGCCCGAUGCUCUCCAGAACAGCAAGUACAUCUUCCAGAACACAAGCCUUGGGUAUGCGCAGUAUGUUGCCGCGCAGACGCUGACGUCGAUCGUGUCCAAGCCGCUGAGCGAGGUGACGGUGGAGCAGAAGCUCGAGCUCAAGACGUGGGCGCUGCAGGCGCUGUUUGAGGCCGAGUCGCAGGAGCCAUAUGUGACCACGGAGCUGUGCAAGCUGUGCGGGCGCAUCACCAAGCUGUGCUGGUUUGAGACGGACGGCAUGGACAACUACCCGUUCCGCACGGUCAUGGACGACGCAAUGCGGUUUGUGGACGCCGGCGGAUAUCGGCUCGAACGCGGGCUGCAGCUGCUGCACUUUCAAGUUGCCGAGAUGAACCGCCCAGACAACAUCCAGGGCCUCGCCAAGCACCGCAAGGUGUCGUCGAGCUUUCGGGAGGAGGAUCUGCUGAACGUGUUCCAGCUCGCGCUGACGGUGCUGGAUAAGGUCGUUUGCAAGACGGCCGAUACCGCCGACCCAGCCAUGCUGCUUGGGUGGGUGCUGCAGCUGUGCCGCGGGUGCCUGAGCUACGACUUUAUCGGCUCGUGUGUCGACGAGACAACAGAUGACCUCAAGACCGUCCAGGUCCCAUCAACGUGGAAGGAGACGCUGACGACGAACAACAUGCUGCCACUCUUCUUUGAGUUGUACCUCAACCUCGAACCCCCGCUCUCAAGCCAUGCACUCAACUGUCUGGUCCAGCUCGCCUCCAUCCGUCGAACCAUCUUCGCAACAGCCGAUGACCGCAUGAAGUAUCUUGGGCAGCUGGUUGACGGGCUGUGCCGCAUUCUGCAGACUGAACACGGCCUUAAGGACGGCGCCAACUACCACGAAUUCUGCCGCCUCCUAGCACGUCUCAAGACAACCUACCAGCUGUCUGAGCUGGUGUGUCUCGGCCGCUACCGUGAGUGCCUGGACUACAUUGCUCGCUUCACCCUCCUCUCCCUCCAGAGCUGGGACAUGGCUUCAAACAGGUCCGCUGAUACGCUGGAGGAUCAGCUGAAGCAGAUCGCCACCAUCGCUCGGUGCCAGUACAACACGAGCGCCGGCUUUCUGUCCGAGACGCUGCAGUCGUGCGCAUCGACAUAUGUGCAGACGCUGCAGCAGGGCAAUACCAGCGACGACAAGCGACUGCUGGAGGGCCAGCUCUCGUGGCUCAUCCACAUCAUCGCGGGUGUCAUUGGCGCACGGUCGUCGAUUGUCGUGUGCGACGACCAGGACGUGUACGACGCGCAGCUGAUUGCCAUUGCGCUCAACCUCAUGCAGACGAUGGAGAACGCACGUGGCGGCCGUGGUGGUGGCGGUGGCGGCGGCGCCAACGUCAUUGGAGAGAACCUUGACCUGGCGUUUAUCUUCUUCCUCCAGGAGCUCAGGGCGCACUACGUUGGGGAGCAGCGGCACAAGAGCGUGCGCGUGCAGCAGCUGUUGAACGAACAGCUCAACAUUGAGAACGAGAUGCAGCUGCUGGACGUCAUUGUGCAGAAGAUUAUCUCAAACCUCCGAUACUGCACAAACAGCGAGGAUGUGAUUCGGGAGACGCUUGAUCUGCUGAGCGAAUUCUGCACCCCGUUCAACGCCGUCAGGAAGCUCGUGCGGCUUGAUUCUGUGCAGUUUCUGCUGGCGAAUCACACCAGCGAGCACUUUCCGUUUCUGGACUACAUGGAGGACACACGAUUGCGCACCACAUACUACCAGGCGCUCGGCAAGGUGAUCAACCACGACUUCAGCGCGGAGGACCAGCGGUUUGAGCGGUUCAUGGCGCCGAUUGGGGCGACGGCGGACGAGCUGGCCCGACGCAUCCUCAACGCGGGACCCGAGGCAGCACAGGACCACUCAGCAAAACGCGCAAUUUUGGGGCUUGCGCGGGACCUGCGUGGUUUGGUGACGGCGUGUGUCAGCAAGUCGUCGUACAUGCUCAUGUUUGACUGGAUCUACCCAGACAGAACACCGCUGUUCAUCAAGGGUGUUGAGUUGUGGUACGACGACCCGGCGGUUGCCGUGCCCUGCCUCAAGUUCAUGUGCGAGUUUGUGUUUUCGCGCAACACGCGCAUGUCAUUCGGGCCGUCGUCGCCCAACGGCAUCCUGCUGUUCCGCGAGACGAGCAAGAUGGUGGUGACGUACGGAGAGCGGCUGCUGUCGCUGCCAACGCCGCCACCAGACCAGCUCUACCGCCACCGCUACAAGGGCAUCAUCGCCUGCUUCAACAUCCUCAGGAUGGCGCUGAGCGGAGACUACGUCAACUUUGGGGUGUUCAAGCUGUACGGCGACCCGUGCCUGGACGAGGCGCUCGGCCUGUUCUUUCGCAUGCUGGUGACAAUCCCGCUGUCGGACAUUGAGCAGUACCCGAAGCUCUCAAAGGCGUUUUACGGCCUCUUCCUCUACGUCACGCGCGACCACUCGGCCUACCUCUCCCAGCUCAGCCCAGACGUCUUCAGGAUGGUGAUGAUGUGUGUGCACAGCGGUGUGAAGUCUGUCAUCUCCACCAUCUCCAUCAACAGCUGCACCGCCCUCGACUCCAUGCUCACCUUCGUCUACACCAAGUCAGUGACACGCGUUGCGAACAAGAUGAAGCCGAUACCAGAGGCGACGGCGCUGGCGCAGCUCCUUGCCUCUGUCGAGGACAUCCUACUCGAGAUCCUGCGUGACAUGUUCCACGUGCUGAUGUAUGAGAACUGCAAGAACCAGUGGUCCAUGUCGCGGCCCAUGCUGCCGCUCAUCCUCUUCAACCCCCAGCACUUCCAGCAGAUCAAGGAGGAGGCCAUCAACGGCACGCCAAUGAGCAAGCGAGACCUGGUUGCAUCGUCGUUUGAUGGGCUGUUGAGCGAGGUGGAGGAGAGCCUGCUGGUCAAGAACAGGGACAAGUUCACGCAGAAGAUCUCGGUGUUUCGGCGAAACCUCACGACGCACGUGGCGCCAUCGCCCAGCAGCUCUGUUGCGUGA